AUGAUCACUCGUACAGCGACCUGGCCAAUCGACUGUGUUCCUGCCUGGUCGACUGAAUUGACCAUCAUAGCCGGAAUUCUCAGACAUCGAGAUUGGCUAGGGACUAGUGGAAAGAAGAGUGCCGUGGUUAUAGCGAAGAUGAUUAUUCGUGCUAAAAGCGGAUUCCCUCCUGAUUGGUCCGAACAAGGUUUUGAAAGGGAGAGAACCUCCGACAGCCGAGAUUACGUCGAUGAAGGAUUAGUCUCACUAGACGAUAGGAAAUCCCCACUAGAAAACGAUGACGACGAAUACAAAGGGUUUUCUCGCCCAUGGGAGGUGGAGACGGGCGCCCAUUGGUUAGCAAUUAACCGCUGGCUAAACUUCUUGCCUUCAGUCUGCAGCUAUGAUAUAUUCAAACGUCUUUCACGUCUCACUUCGCUAUUUUUCGGGGUCCUCAGUCGCCUCCGGAGUUCUUCCUCCUCUUUCACUCUGUCAGCUAUUAACGGUUCGCGCUGUCUCCGGCAGCUAAAGCAUCAAAAUUCCGCGAGUUUAUUUUGGACAGGGACAGCAUCGUUUUGCAAUGAGGCUAUAAUCUAUCUAAUAAUAGGGUCGGCCGUGAUCUCAUACUAA